CACCUUCAGUCUCCGAAGGCUGUUAGGCCACAAUGUGGACUCCGAUAUGGCUGUGUAUGUUAUCCGUGAUUGAAUUGUGUUUAUACGGGUCAAACGCACAAAGUGGUUAUGUUUGCAAACCUGGAGACCUUCUCGGUAACUGCACAGUUAAAGGGUUCCGCAGUCACUCUGUGACUAAGAAAAGAAGAGAUGAGGAUGGCCUCGUCCGAGGCGUCUUAUCAUCCGGUUGCGUGGCACACUACUUCCGAUUAUACGUGACCCGACGAGUUCCUCCUCGCAACUACCUCUACUUCCAUGAGGUCCUACAGGGAGAGGAAGACAGGAGUUUUAGCCCUUUAAUAGCGCCAAAAUUCAGGAUCGUGGGAGGAAAGAGCAUAGACAUAAAGGACGCUCCAUACCAAGUGCUGUACGGAGAAUAUUGCGGUGGUACCCUGAUCGCACCUGAGUGGGUGCUCACUGCUGCUCAUUGCAGGGAAAAAGAAACCUUCGUCCUAGUCGGUUCCACAUUCAGAAGCUUAGCAGUUCGCUACAACAUCUGUGCCCACUUCACUCACCCUCUCUGGACCAUGAACAACAAACUCCAUCCUCACGAUUGGGACUUCCAAUUGGUGCUUCUCGAAAAACCAGUCCCUACUACUCCAAUGUCGAGACCCAUUGCUAUAGGAAGACUGACUGAUGUGGUUCCUGGUGCAAUGGUGGCUGUCAGUGGAUGGGGACAUACUACAUACAAGAAAAGCGCAAUGCAAGAUCACUUACGUCGUGUCCACGUACCAAUAAUACCGGAUGAGAUCUGCAAAAUAUUACCCAAUGUGAACUACCACAACAUCACAGACCGUAUGUUCUGCGCAGGAUUCCUUAACGGCACCAAGGACUCAUGCCAGGGUGAUUCUGGUGGGCCUGUCAUAUACAACGGUAAACUGAUAGGUCUGGUCUCCUUCGGAGUAGGUUGCGCGUUACCAGACCAGCCUGGAGUCUACAGCCGAAUACCUUACGUCAGAGAUUGGAUCCGCGAGGUCACGGGCCUACCGCUUUAAUACCGGUAUAAAUACCCUUAAUAGACUAAUUGAUACCGGUAAUAUUUAUAGUGUCGGUUCUAUCAUCGGUUAAAUGUUUUUAAUCUGGUACUUCAAAGUGUUUUUUCGAUUAUUUUAUCUCAACAAAUAAUGCCUAAUUAAAAACUUCCCACACUAAUUUAAAUUUCAAUCCACGUACGCCAAAUAUUACUUCUACGUAUGUGAUAUGGAUGGAAUAUAUGUACACUAUGUAACAUAAUUGCCGCAGAUAAAUCCUACGGCUUAUAAAUACAUUACCUUCUAUGGUACCUUUAAUUUUCAUGGUGUUUAUUUUAAAAAAAGGAAGUGGUAUUCGUAACCGCUAUUCGAUACCGGUUAUGCUCUUAAAUGGAUCACCGGCAUUAAUGUUACAUCCUGUAUAUGUAUUGUCAGAAUAAGGUGAUGUUUUUAUUUAAAGAAACGUUACCUUUUACAUUGAUAUAUAUUCGAAUCAUUUCGAAUUAGUUUUGACGUAUAUUAUUUUUUUAUAAUUUGAUAACAUCAAUAGUCUACACAUCUGAAGACCAUUGGUCAGAGAUUCGUAAUAUACCAGUUAUAUCUGGUUUCUCUCCAAUUUUAUACCGGUAUUGAUAAAUAAUUGAUACCGGUAAUAUGUAUGAUCAUCGGUAAUAUUUAUGUUAUAUUUUUAACUGGUAUUUUUAAAGUGAUCCCACUAUUUUACACUGCAAGAAAAUGAUGUAAUAUAUUUAAUAAAAAGUGGCAAAAAGAAUACAAUUUUUUAAGAAAUUAACAAGAAAAAUACCGGUUUAUAGAAGCCAAUGUAACAUAUUUAUUUUUUAAGACCACGAAAAUAAAUCAUUUUUAAUGAUUA